AUGGUUCAAGAUGGCCUUUCUGAGAUUAAGAAUGUGAUUGGUGAUGUUCAUGAAAGUGUCAAUUUUAUUAAUCAAAAUGAGGCAAGACUUAACUCAUUUUCUGAUAUAGUACAGCAGUUACAGUUACCUGAUAGGAAACUCAUUCUCGAUUGUAAAACACGUUGGAAUUCGACAUUCGAGAUGUUGUUGAUUGCAAUCAAAUUCAAAGAAGUAUUUUCGAGACUCAAAGAGCGAGAAUCUCAUUAUGAAUGUUGUCCAAGUCAUGAAGAUUGGGAAAAGGUGGAGAAAGUUUAUGAGAUUUUAAAAGUUUUUAAUUCAGCCACUAAAAUCAUAUCUGAAAAUAAUUAUCCAACUUCAAACCUGUUUCUGAAUGAAGUUUAUUGUGUGAAAGUGUUGUUGGAUAAAAGGAUGAAUGAUGAAAAUGAAUUUGUUCAAGCAAUGGUUCGUAAGAUGAAGAGUAAAUUUGAUAAGUAUUGGGGAGAAUGUAAUUUGUUGAUGUCUAUAGCAGCAAUCUUGGAUCCAAGGUGCAAAAUGAGGGUGACUGAGUUUUGCUUUCCUCGAAUGUACCCUGAUAGAGAAGUAAAAGAAAAUAUUGCUAAAGUUCGAGAUGCCCUUUAUGAGAUUUAUGAUGAAUAUGCUCGUGAGUAUCAAUUUGGCAAUGAGCAUAGUGCUGAAACUCAAGUGCAUGAUAAUGGUAUUAGUGGUAUGAAUAUAGAAGCUUCUUCUUCUGGUUGGUUUGAAUUUGCAAAUUAUGUAAAAUCAGUUGAAACUGCUCAACCACAACAAUCUGAUUUAGAUGUCUACCUAGCUAAGGGCUAUUUUAUCUGUGAAGGAGAUUCCACUAAGUUUCAUGCUUUGGAAUGUGCAAGCAUUACUUUGUGGAGGAGAUUGGUGUCGGAAUCUUCAUGGAGUGAAGAAGAAGAACAAAGUGGUAAAGAACCAGAGAUGCAUGGUUCCCAUAGGCAUGUGUGGAGUCCUAUGAUGGAUAAUGCUAAUUAG